AGUGUAAACAUUUCCUCGAAGAUACAAAGAAUAUUUUAUUAUUUAGAAAAAGUUACUUAACUAUCAACUUUGACGUUUAAAAAUUAUUCACUGGGAACACCUGCAAGGAGCUGGCCACAUUCUCGCUGUCUCCGAUUCAGCAAUUACAAUGUGGAUCCCUAACAUGCCGGUCACCAUUCUGACGGGCAUCACCGCUACUGCCGGAGCAUUGUGUAUAUUUAAAGACAUGUACGGCGGCGUGGCAUUCGAUAAGAACGUGUCGGCGGAGGGUAAAACGGUGAUUGUGACGGGCGCCACCAGCGGUAUCGGCAAGGAGACGGCCUGGGAGUUUGCGCUGCGCGGCGCCAAGGUGUUCAUGGCAUGCCGCGACAUGCCGCGCUGCGAGGAGGCGCGGCGCGAGAUCGUGCUGGCCACCAACAACAAGUACGUGUACUGCCGCCCCUGCGACCUCGCCAGCACCGCCUCCGUGCGGGACUUCGUCGCCAGGUUCAAAUCCGAGGAGCCCCACGUGCACAUCCUGGUGAACAACGCGGGCGUGCUGCAGCCGCCGCAGGGCGUCACCAAGGACGGCUUCGAGCUGCAGCUCGGCACCAACCACUUCGGACACUUCCUGCUCACUGAGCUGCUGCUGGACACUCUGAAAGCAUCCGCACCGAGCCGCGUGGUAGUGGUGUCGUGCAGCGCGCACCAGAAGGGCAAGAUUGUGAAGGAGGAUCUGAACAUGAGCCAGAAGUACGACGCCACCGCGGCGUACAACCAGAGCAAGCUGGCCAACGUACUCUUCGCCAGGGAACUCGGCAGGAGGAUGUUAGAGUUCGACGUGGCGGUGACGGCGGUGGACCCAGGGUUCUCGGACACGGAGCUGACGCGCCACCUGCCCAUGAUGAGGAGCGUGACGCGCUACGUGGUGUACCCGCUGUUCUGGCCCGUCAUGAAGAAGGCGCGGACGGGCGCGCAGACCGUGGUGCACGCGGCGCUGGACCCGCAGCUACAGAAGAGCAAAGGCGAUUACUAUGUAGACAUGAAGAAAGCGUCUCCAUCAGAGUCGGCGCAAGACUACGAGCUGGCGCAGUGGCUGUGGCGCGUCAGCGAGAAGUGGACCAAGGCGGACGAGCACCGCGCGGCGCUGGCGCGGGCCGCGGCUUGACGGCACUGGGCGUAGAACAGGAGUCGGCAACCUGCGGUUCAAGUUGUGACCAGUGCGACCAGUUACAACCAGUGGCAGCACUAUAGGGUAAUUUUUGCCUCCAACUCAAAAGGUUGCCAACCCCUGGCAUAUAAGACUGUGAAGACAUUAAUACGACGGCUUUGCCUUGGGUUACGUAAGAGUUGUUCUCGAUUCAAUAUAAAUUAUGGCUAUAGCUUGGCAACUUCGUUCGUAACACUCCCAAUGGGCGGCGCGGGCCGGCGGGCGUGUAGCGAUGAAUGAAAAACCCACGACUGAUGCACCUCACUACCCGCACGCACGGUUUCACACGCGCGCAGUCUUUCCCCCCGUCGCCCACAUAUCAUGGGAGUGUCAUCAACGAACUUGCUAGACUAUAGUUUAGAAUUUGAAAGUGAGAUUCGAAUUUGUCUCUCUCUAUAGUAUUGUAUUAGACAGAGAGAGAUAAAGAUUCGUAGUCGUCAAUCGAAGUUUAAAAAUUACAAAAUACCGCUACAAGUCUGUUCUGCGCCUGUAGCCAUGUGGCAUGUCGAUUCUCUUUUUACAAACGCUAACGCUCGAAAAUUAAUUAUGGCAUUUACUUUCGACAGGUCUCGUGAUCAAGUUGUCGUUUGGAUCUGUCACUGCCAUACAUUUUGUUAAUUUUAGAAGCGUUAGCGUUUGCAGGAGGAGAAUCGACAUGCCACAUGGCUACAGGCCAUGAUUAGACAGUGUGAUCUUCGUCUAAUAGUGUGCGAAUUGAGAGAUAUUUGUUUUAAAAAAUGCUUUAACAUUUGUUAGUGUUGUUAGUAAUAAGCAUUUAUUUAUUGUAACUGUGUAGGUCGUUAGUAUUAAUAAAUAGGAAUAAAUAAGACAUUAUUUGAUGUUUCCUUAAA